CCUCCCCUCUCCGCCUCAUCAUCCUCAUCCUCCUCACACUGAUCACCACUCCUCCUCCUCGUCCGCAUCGUCAUCAUCAUGACGAGGUUCCUGUGUCUCCUGGUCUUGGUCGCGUCCAGCUCGCUCCUCUGCAGGGCUGAUGAUGAUCACAAAAGCCACGAAUCGCACGAGGGUGGCGUCAAGGACUCGUGCCCGCUCAUGGUGAAGGCGAUCGACUCGGUGCGAGGGAAGCCCGCGGCCGGAGUGAAACUCAGCGUGAUGAAGAAGCAGGAGGACGGCUCCUGGAAGGAGGUGGCCACCGGGGUGACGGGUAAGACGGGCGAGUCUCACCAUCUCAUCGGCGACAAGGACUUCACGGAGGGGACCUACAAGGUGCGCUUCGACACGCAGGCCUACUGGACCAAGGCCGGCAUCACGCCCUUCCACGAAGCGGCCGAGGUGGUGUUCAUGGCUCACGACGCGGGACACAAGCACUACCACAUCCCUAUGCUGCUUAGCCCAUACUUCUACGCAACAGGCGCCAUCGUGGGAGACGCAGAGGGACACUGAACUACCCCCAAGGCUCCCCCUCCCCCAUGGGGCCACAAUAGGGUCCCGUGCCCCUGAACGACCCCCCCCCCCCCCCGAGGGAGAGGGGACUACACACUGCACCACACACACACACACCAUCUCAACCACACCUAGACUACACACCACACACACACACACACGCCAUCCCAACCACACCGUACAGAGCCACACAUCACCACACACACACGCACCAUCUCAACCACACCUGGACAACGCACCGCACCACACAAUAGACGAAACAUACCACACCACGUCGCUCUAAACCGGUAAUAAACGACGUUGCCAUCG